AUAAAAAAAAAAAACAAUUUUAAUUAAUUUUCAUUUCAGUAAAGCGUUUUGAGACACUUAUAUAUUAAUAAUAUUUGGAGGAGAAGAGAGUAACCAUAAACUACAAACAUGAGUUUGGUCGCCAGUUUGCAACUCAUCCUCCCGCCACGGCCGAGAAGCACCAAGUUGUUGUGCUCAUUGCAAAGCCCAAAACAAGAACAAGAACUCUCUUCUACUUCUCCUCCAAUCUCUCUUUUACCAAAACUAAUCUCUUUUGCUCUUGCUAUCUCUCUAACUUCCUUUUCCCCUGCCUUAGCCAUUCCUUCUCUCUCCUCUUCUCAGCCACUCACCACUCCUUUCACCCAAUCCAAGUUCGUCCAGACCGGUCUUCUCAAUGGCAAAAUUAGGCCUUGCCCUUCCACGAACCCAGGAUGUGUAUCGACGAAUCCAACCUCAUCUUCCUUCUCUUUUCCAUUGACGAUCCCAGAAACCGAUACACAGGAUCCCAUUGAGAAACUGAAAGAAGCAAUAAUGAGCACCCAGAAGAACCCCAAGUUUGUGGUUCUUGAAGAUACUCCCUAUGGGAGGUAUGUGGAGGCAGAGGUAGAAGGAGGAGGAUUUAGCAGAGAUGUGAUGGAGUUUUUGGUGAAGCAAGAUGUGGUUGCUUACAGGUGUAUGGCCACUAAGGUUACCUUUGUGUAUCCUUUCACCACUGCUUUUGGAGACUCCAAGGGACAAGAAGAGAGGUUGAAGAAGCUCAUCGAUCAGCUUGGUUGGUAUGCUCCUACCUUUGAAUCUAUGGAAUAAAUUGCAAGUAAUGUAUAUUUUGUUCAUCACUUUCCAACUUACUACUACUUGAGACAUUAAUAUGAGUUUGUGUUUGUCCUUUGAGAACCAAAGAAAGCUAUACAACUUUUUCAAUUGAGGAGCUAGGUGAUGUGUGUUACAAUUUCCAAAUGUUAUAUUGUACCAAUGUCAAGGGAGAGGAGUGUAUUCAACCACAUCUUUUAGAAUUAAUGAUUUUGUGUUAAAAGGACAAAUUCUAUGUAUACAAUCCAUGAAUGUUAAAAGUCCAAUGAUAUCUGGUAUUCUUGGUUAUAGAUGUACACGUCUCUCAAGGUUAUU